CGCCCGAGGGUCCCAGCAGUGCGCGCCGAGACACCGACCACGGCCAGAUUCCCUGAGCGCCCAGCAUGAACGGCAAGAAGCUGCAGAAGUUAACGGACAGCUUAACUAAAAAUUGCAAACAUUUUAAUACGUAUGAAGUGAACUGCCUAGUCAAUCUCUUUUAUACCUUGGUGGGAGAUGUCGUAGAGAGGCCUGGUACCGUCAUUGGACUGGAUCGGAAUGCAUUCCGAAAUAUCUUGCAUAUGACAUUUGGAAUGACAGAUGACAUGAUUAUGGACAGAGUGUUCCGAGGUUUUGAUAAAGAUAACGACGGCUGUGUCAGCGUAGCAGAGUGGAUUAAUGGAUUAUCACUGUUCCUUCGAGGGUCUUUGGAAGAAAAAAUGAAAUAUUGCUUUGAAGUAUUUGAUUUGAAUGGAGAUGGAUUCAUUUCAAAGGAGGAAAUGUUUCACAUGUUGAAGAAUAGCCUGCUCAAACAGCCAUCUGAAGAAGAUCCUGAUGAGGGAAUUAAAGAUUUGGUUGAAAUAACACUUAAGAAAAUGGACCAUGACCAUGAUGGGAAGCUGUCUUUUGCAGACUAUGAACAAGCUGUAAGAGAAGAGACUCUUCUGCUGGAAGCUUUUGGACCAUGUUUACCUGAUCCAAAGAGCCAGAUGGAAUUUGAAGCCCAAGUAUUCAAAGAUCCACAUGAAUUCAAUUAUGACAUGUGAACAUCUAAAUGUCUGUGUCGUCUCAAGAGAGUAAAAAAGGCGCAUCCAUAUUGUUUAUUUUUUCUACGUAGCUAAGGAUGAUGUCAAAUUGUAUGUUUGGCUGGGGGCAGGAGGGGGACUGACACAUUCCAUUUAAUUUUGGUGUAAGGUGCAAGUAAAAUAGAUGGAAGACAAGAAGUUCCUUGUUAGAUCAUGGUUGAUUUGUCAAGAUGAGUUAACAUUUCUAUAGUUAUUUUAUCACAUAGACUAUCUGUGGAAGCACAUGAUUAUCCUAAAACAUUUGGAUUAAUGAACAGAGAUUAGAUAAUCAUGAAUUAUUAAUAUAAAGAUUCCUCAUGUCAGAACAAUUCUGAAUAUACAUUUUUAAAAAUCAUUGAAAAUACUGAAUUCCCUGGUGGAAGAAAAUAAAUGGAAUACAUGUCUAAUUGCCUCCAUGAACAACUGCCUCCUUUGCUAUGAGACCUGAAGAACUGGAUUGUGCCCAGCUACCAUUACUGAACAUUUAGAUCAAAGAUUCUAUAGAAGAAUCCUGAUCAAAAGGGGGAAAUGAAGAACAGAAUUUCAAAUUAUCAUGGAAUCUAGACUUUCUGGAACCCUUGAGGCUGGACAACUCCCUGAAUCUAUUCCCUGAAGAAAUCUGUAAACCUUGAACCAAAGCUAUUCUCUGAAGUUAUCUUUGAGUUUAUCCUAAUUAGAAAAGAAGUAUACUCUUUUAAAGAAUUAUCUGUAUGUGAUCAAGUUGACACAGUGAUAUAAAUUAUAUAUGAUAAGCUUAGGGGGCAGUGAUUUUGUGUUAAUGGUGGUGAAAUAGUUUGGAAAAAGUUGUGGAGAAAGGUGACACAGCUUGAAGAGUGUUACCAGUGUCACUGAAUAGUAUAUAUAGAAAUUGUUGAAGCAGCAGUAUGUUUUGUUGUGUAUAUUUUCACCAAAAAUAAAAGAAAAAGAAAGAAACUAAUGAAUUCCCUUUGAAGCAAUAAAUAAGAUGGCACCAAGAGAAUAAGGAGCAUUGUCAUUUGGCAAGCAUUUAUUAAACACCUUUGUGUCAGGUACUGAUGGAGACACAGAGAGAUGAAAGAUACAUGGAGCCUAUGUUAAUAUACUUUAUAUUAUCAUUAUUUGAAGUUACUAGAUUGUGAGCUCCUGAGGUCAGGGAUUUUAUUCUCAGACAUUUUUACAUGUUCAUAGCAUUGGUACAUUUCUCUGCACAUAAUGGGCCCUUGA